AUGUCUAACGACACCUCAUCCUCACAGCCCAUCGCCGUACCCGACAGCAGCGACCAGAAAGGUCAUGCAGCUGGCACAAUCGACGACGCUCUCAUCUUUCUGCGCAAACAUGGCAAUGAACAAUCUUCUCAAGCCCAGGACACAACCCACACCCGAAGCCUCCGACGCAAGAUAGAUCUCCACGUAAUCAGCUUCCUGACAAUAUGCUACAUGCUCAAUUUCCUCGACAAAGUCCUGCUAAACUACAGCCAAGUCAUGGGCCUCUCGCUCGACCUGAACCUCACCGGCAACAACUUCUCCAACGCAGCAUCCGCCUUCUUCAUCGCAGACCUCGUCGCUGUGCUCCCAAACAUCUACCUCCUCCAACGCCUCCCCACCGCCCACUACCUCGGCUUCAGCCUCAUAGCCUGGGGAAUCUGCACAGCCUGCCACGCCUCCCUCCAAAACUACGGCGGCCUCCUCACAGUCCGGAUCCUCUCCGGCGCCUUCGAAUCCGCAGUCCCUCCCGCCUUGAUCCUCCUCAGCAGCCAGUACUACACCCGCAGCGAGCAAGCCGCGCGCUUCGCAUACUGGUACUCCGGCAUGGGACUUGGUCAAAUCCUCGGCGGUCUCAUCUCUUUCGCCUUCCAGCACGUUGGCUCCCACGCCGCGCUGGCGGGGUGGAGGAUAAUGUUUCUGGUCCUUGGGAUCGUGACGAUUGGGGUGGGUGGGGCUGUGUGCUGGUUCGUUCCUAACACGCCGAUGAGGGCGUGGUUUUUGGACGAGGGGGAGAAAGUUGUGCUACCGAGACAUGUCCAGGAGAAUCAGACGGGGAUUGAGAAUGUGCAUUUCCAUGCGAAGCAGGUAUGGGAGGCGGUGCUGGAUUUUCAGGUUUGGGUUAUGUUUGCGAUCAUUGUGUUGCAGAGUGUGGGAGGAGGUGUGAUUACGACGUACUCGGCGAUGUUGAUAAGAGGGUUUGAGUUUACGGCGAAGGAGGCGGCGUUGUUGAAUAUGCCUGCUGGGCUUGUCAAUAUUGUCUCGGCGCUGGUUUGUGUGGGAUUGGAUCGCGCUUUUUGGGGAAUCGAUGGGCUUUUACGUCUGGGGUGA